AUUUUACACAGCGAUCACCAUGCUUGAAUCUUCACGCAUCGUGGAUUCACUGGACGGCCUCUCUUUUUGAAGUAAGAAACAUUUAAAAAGUGCAAGAGAAAUUAAAUACAGAUCCAUCACAUAUAAAUUGCAGAUGCCCGUGAAGAGUCUGAGAUCUAAUCAUAAAAUCAAAAUUCUUUCUCGGAUGAGUCAUAAGUCGCGACAGAAUUACGAAUGAUCUUUGCUACACCAUCGACGGUGGACUGCUGUUGGUUGUCUAUUGUCAAGAUACUCUAGCAACAGAAAAAACAGGGAACUAAAGAUGAAACCAGAUACCGAGUGGAUUGUUAUCACAGUCCUCUACGCCAUCACGAUGCUCGUAGCGUUUGCAGGGAAUAGUUUCCUCGUCUACAUCGUGUGGAAGAAGCCCGAAGUGAGAUCACUGACAAGCUUUAUGUUUGUCAACAUGGCUAUCGCUGAUUUGCUUGUAACCUUGGUAGUGAUGCCCUGGUCGAUUUCCACAAUAUAUACAGACGGUUUGUGGAUGAUCCCGGGAGUAUUUGGAAAAGUCAUGUGCAAAGGUGUUGUAUACACUGCCUAUGUCACUUUAACAGCAUCCAUCCUCUGCCUGACGUUCAUGGCGAUCGACAGGUACUAUGCCAUCGUUCAUCCCCUCCGCCGCCAUCUUUGGUUUCGAAAGCCUAAACUAACCGUUCCAUUUAUUUGGAUCGGCUCACUGGUCUCCAUGUCAAUUUUCCUUGUUAUUCAAACUGUGGAGGACUACAAUAAUUCUUCCUAUUGCAUAUUAUCUGUUUACAUCUUGGGUGAUCAAGAUAGGGCUCUUCGAGGAAUAUACCUCCUCCUUUUCGUCGUCAACUAUCUCAUCCCCUUGGCCGUUAUUUCUUUCCUGUAUACCAUAACUGCAUGGAAUUUAUGGUUCCAUGUUGCACCUGGAGUGAAUACUUUGAGAGGAAAUCGAGCGCAACUGGAAACCUCCAAGAGAAGAGUGGUUCGGAUGCUCAUUAUCGUUACCUGUGCCUUUGCCCUUUGUUGGCUCCCACCACAAGUGGUCCACGUGAUGACAGUCAUUCACGCAUCUAAGGCUUACCUACAUAUACAACCCAUUGUCAGCUUUGUGUGUUUUUGGUUUGGACACGCCAACAGUGCCGUUAACCCAUGGCUGUACAUUUUUCUGAGCACCAAGAUAAAUACGGCAUUUACUAAGAUCGUCAGUAGAAAAAGCAGGCAGUUGCCUUCAAUUCUCACCAUCAAAACAUCAGAUGUCGUCUUACCACCUGGAAACCAGAAUGAAUCAAGAAUAUAA